AGGAUUCAAAUGUGUAGCGCGUUCGUUCGAGCGGACUGGAGGUCCGCAGUCUGCUCGGCGGCCCUCAGCAUGAACCCCAUCCAGAGUUUCCACUGUAAGCUGCGGGGUCUGGCCACCACGCUGGACAGCGAGACGGCCCGGCUGCUGAGAGCGCUGGACGGCGAGGACAGCGACUUUGAAGAUUCUCCAGGGAGAAUUUUGCAUGACCUUCAUUCAGAAGUCCAGACUCUAAAGGAUAAUGUUAACGCUCUUCUCCAUGAAGCAAGAUUGGAGAACCAAGAAAGCACAAGGUUCAAAAAGGCAACAAAAAUACUGAUGGAAAAAACCUCAGCAGACGUCAGAAAACUAAGAGAGUUUUUCCAGAAGUAUGGCUACCAAGCACGCGACAAGGAGGAUUCAGGCUGUGAGCACAGAGUGAACAACUCCACCCCAGAGUUAGCUGUGUGUAAAGACAUUCAAAAGCCUGGUGUGAAGGAGCUGUCUGAUCCCUGUGUUCCGAGCGAUUCUGUUUCUGAAGAGCCUCUGCGAAGCCCACAGCUCUCAGACUUUGGACUUCAGCGAUACAUCAUUUCCCAAGUCCCAGCAAACCCUCCCCAGACAGCUGCCAGCCUCAAAGAAGAACAUGUAGCUGAGACCCCUCCUGCCAAAGAACCGUCUGUUCCCGUGCUGAAGACCCCUCGGUGUGCUCUAAGGAUGGAUGAUUUUGAGUGUGAAACUCCUAAAUUAGAACACUUUGGUAUAUCUGAACAUACUAUGUGUUUAAAUGAAGAUUACACAAUGGGACUUAAAAAUAUGAAGAACAUUAAAAGUUCCCUUUUGAGUGGCGUCAGUGGAGAAGCCAGAGGAACAGGGCCCGUGACCAGUGAGAAUUCUUUUGCCAUUCCUGGUCCCAUAAUCCAGCAGAUGGAAGAAAACGAUGUGGAAUACGUAAAUUCACCAUUGCCACCUAAAUUCUGCACUCCUGGUUUGAAAAUUCCUUCUACAAUGGACAGAACAGAUUUGGUAUCUAUAGAUUAUCCACUAUCAAAACCAAAUACUUCAUCAACUGAUUUGGAAAUUAAAGAUUGUGUUCCAUUAAUUUUAAAUUCAGAUGAAUGCUAUCAGAGUUUUGCAGAGCCCCCUUCUUCAGCAAUUACUUCUUGUGAAAAUUUUGCAACACCGUCUCCUCCGAAAGUUACUGCGAUUCCAGAAGACAUUCUCCAGAUGAUAACAAAGCACACCUCAAACCUAGUUUCUUCCAUGGAUGUUAAAGUGAUGCCACGGAGGAAGGGCACCCGAGGCGCUGCCAACAAGGAAAACUGGUAACGGAAUUGUACAGUGGAUACAUCCAAUACAGAAGCUAGACAGAACAGGAAAGUGAGCUGGACUAAGGUUCUCAGGAUUAUAACUGGUUAGCACAGACCAGUAGAAGUGGAGAGAGGGCUCCUGCUGGCAGUCAGUCUUCUUUCUCCCAGCCUCUCUCUUAUUUCAUUCUUACAUGAAUGUUUCCAUUUCACCGCACUGUGAUGGCCUCUACAACUUCCAUCUCCAGCUUGACCACCCAGCAGCUCCUGAUUCUACCUGGAAGGUUCUGAUCACCUACUCUGAGCCAGAAGCCUUGGGAACGUCUUGAUUCUGGAACUAUCUAAUGGCCUUUGAGCCCAAGAUCCUUCUGAUCCAAGAACAGUUAGAAAGUAAUUCUCCAAGUUCAUGAUAGUGCUACUUGGGAGAGCUUUGUGCUGCAGCCAGGUAGGGAACAGGGAGCUGGUGUUCUGAAGAGUCCGGCUACAAUUUUGAGAAAUAAUUAGCAAGUACCAGUUGACUUACUAGUUUUGGGAAUUUUUUUCUCCCAAUACAGGUUUUCUCUGUGUAGCUGUGGCAGUCCUGAAGCUUACUCUGUAGACCAGGCUAGAUCCUCCUCUCUGCCUCUUGAGUAGAAAUUAAAGAUGUGCACCACCACCGUCUGGCAGCUUUAGGAAAUUUUGUGUGACAUAAAGAUUAUUCUAAUUGUGCAUUGAAAAUCAAGUGGAGAGGUAGAGAGAUGGCUCAGUGGUUAAGAGCACUGACUGUUCUUCCAGAGGUCCUGAGUUCAAAUCCCAGGAACCACAUGGUGGCUCACAACCAUCUGUAAUGAGAUCCGUUGCCCUCUUCUGGUGUGUCUAAAGACCGCUACAAUGUACUCAUCUACACAAAUAAUUCUUUUUAAAAAAAAUCAAAUGGAAAAAUUCCAGGAUAAUGGUAGUAAGUGCUUGUAUUUUUUGUUGUUGUUGUUAUUGUACAUAUUGUAAAAUAAAUGAUUUUCUGAGUAGCCCACCUUUU